UCUUGAUGAAGAAGCAGCAAAUUCCUAUAACAAACAAAUAAAGAAUCGCUUUCUGUGCUCACCAAAAGCCAUUCCUUUUCUUCUAAUUCCAUUCUUGAGUUUUGAUUCACCUUCAAUUUUCUCCUUUUUAAUUCAUCUUUCCAUUCAGUGUGAUCCUAUUUAAUUUCUGUUCGUACACAAUAUUUCCCUAAAACAAAAUCCUUCACCAAACAUGUCCGAAAACUCUAAUAACGGAAACAGGAACUUUCAGCGUUACUGGUGUUAUCAAUGCCAUCGUACUGUCAGGGUGUCACCGGAAAAUCCAUCGGAGAUCAUCUGUCCUCGAUGUUUUGGUCACUUCCUUUACGAAAUCGACGAGGCAAAUCCUAGACAAAUCUUUGACUUCACUUCGUUUGAUCCUUCCCCAGAAGCUAGAAUUCUUGAAGCUCUAACUCUCAUGCUCGACCCUAAUUUGUUCAACAGCUCUCAAGGCAAUGCAGUCCCCAUUUUCCGACGGUCAGACGGGACUGAAACCGUAGUGCCGCCGGAUGAUUCUCUCAGGGCAACACGUGGACGGCAGAGAUUUCGAGACUUUUGGUUAACGCCGAGAAGGAGAUACUCAUUUCUGAACAACGACGCGGAUGAGUGGACACCGGACAGCGGAAUUCUAGCGCGGCCACGAUCAUGGAUCAUCAUCCGACCACCCGGAGAAAACUUUCCGGGUGGACCUAACCGUCUACUUGGAGUAAAUGAUAGAGAUUAUUUCACAGGUCCAGGCCUUGAAAACCUAAUAGAAGAGUUAACUCAAAAUGAUCGGCCGGGUCCGGCACCGGCGCCCGAGCGGACGAUCGAUUCUAUUCCAACGGUGGUGAUUGCACCAGAACAUUUAAGGGAUGAUUCAGAAUGUCCAGUGUGUAAGGAAAAGUUUAAAGUAGGUGGAGAAGCAAGAGAGUUGCCAUGCAAACAUAUAUAUCAUUCAGAUUGCAUUGUCCCUUGGUUAAGGCUUCAUAAUUCUUGCCCAGUUUGCCGGAAUCCAUUGCCGAUCUCUACUGAAGCAGAGAUGGAUAGUUCGGAUGAUUGUCUUGAAGAAGAAGAAAGGAGGAACAGACAGCGGCGUUGCUUCAGGCUUAGACAAAUGGCAGCUUCUCUCUGGCCAUUUCGUUCUAGAUAUCGCCCUAUGCGUAACCAUGAUGAAUCUUCCACCUCUUCAUGCAAUAUUCUUUAGCGAAUGAAGGGGCUAACCUGCCCCUGAGACAACAGAAAAAGAGUUGCUACACGAAAUUAUUGGUGUACCGACUAAAACAGCUGAUAUGGCAGGACGAUGCUUAAGGGAAGAAAGAAAAGAAAAAAAUUGAAGAAAGAAAUGAGAUCCAACAAUUUGAAAAGAUAAACAGAAAUCAUCAUGGAGUUUCUUUGUACUAUAGAGAUAUUACUUUGUGUUCUUUUAUAUAUAAAUUUCAAUUUCAUAAAGCAAAUUUCAAAAAUUGAUACAACUGACUCGUAUA